CCUUAAAUACGACUCUAUCUAGGGUUUCUGCAGCCCUCUCCUCCUCUCUUUCUCCCUCUCCAGAGUUCAGAUCCACAGAGUAGAACCACCAUGGCCGACGAGGUUCAGUACGCUUCUGCCCCGGAUUCGCUCACCAACAAGCGCAAAUACGAGGACCAGCCCCCCUCGGCCACGACUCCGCCGUCCGUCGGUGCGCGCCGACCCACCGGCUUCUCUGCCCCGAUCGCCUCUCUGUCGCCGGAUUCAGGAAACGCGCCGCCGUCCUACAACAGCGUCCCGCCCCCUCCGGAUGAGAUCCAGCUCGCCAAGCAGCGCGCACAGGAGAUCGCUGCCCGUCUCUUCAACAACGCCGAAGCUAAGCGUCCUAGGGUUGAGAACGGUGGCGGGGGCUUUGAUUCCAAUGAUAUUGCAGUACAGAAGCCUUUGAUUUCAAGCAUGGCUCCCUCAUCAAUACCAGUUUCAUAUGGUUAUCAGGGAACAAGCAAAAAGAUUGAUAUACCUAAUAAUAGGGUUGGUGUCAUUAUUGGGAAAAGUGGAGAAACUAUAAAGUAUCUUCAGCUUCAGUCUGGAGCUAAGAUUCAAGUCACAAGAGAUAUGGAUGCCGACCCUAAUUCUCCUACUAGGAUGGUUGAGCUUAUGGGUACUCCAGAUCAAAUAGCAAAGGCUGAACAAUUGAUACAUGAUGUUCUUGCUGAGGCUGAAACAGGUGGCUCUGGAAUAGUUUCUCGGAGGUUAACUGGAGGGCAACCUGGUUCAGAACAAUUUGUAAUGAAAAUCCCCAACAACAAGGUUGGUCUAAUAAUUGGUAAAGGAGGUGAGACCAUAAAAAACAUGCAAGCCAGGACAGGAGCUCGUAUUCAGGUGAUUCCCCUUCACCUUCCCCCAGGUGAUACAUCACCGGAGAGAACAUUACAGAUAGAUGGGACUAGUGAACAAAUUGAGGCUGCAAAACAGCUUGUCAAUGAAGUAAUCAGUGAGAAUCGUCUUAGGAAUUCAACAAUGUCAGGAGGAUAUCCUCAGCAAGGAUAUCAAGCACGGCCUCCAACUAGCUGGGCUCCCCCUGGUCCUCCAAUGCAGCAACCUGGUUACGGUUACAUGCAGCCUGGAGGAUAUCCUGGCCCAUCACCACAGUAUAACAUGUCUCAGACACAAUACCCUGGGUAUGCUCCACAACCUACAUCCGGCAGUUAUGCCACUGGCUGGGACCAGACAACUGGUGCAAUGAAUCAGCAGACUUCUCAGGGAGGUGGAUAUGAUUACUAUAGCCAGCAGCAACAGCAAGCCCCUGGUGGUCCUUCAGGUGCUGCAGAUAACACCAGUUAUGGUUACAGUCAGCCGCCAGCUUCUGGUUAUAACACACAAGGGCAAGCUUAUCCUCAGGAUGGCUAUGCUGGAUAUCCCGCACCUGCCCAACCAGGUUAUGGCCAGCCCCAGGCAAAUCCUGUUCAGGGAUAUGAACAGCAGCAAGGCUAUACUUCAACUCCUGGUUAUGGUAAUGUGACCAACCAAACUCCUGAGGGUCAUACCCCUUCCUAUGGUGGAGGGCAGGGAGAUGCCAACCAAGUGCCUCCGUCUGUCCAGACUUCUGCAGUGGGCCAACAAGGAUACAGCAGUGGACAGCAUACUAGCCCUAAUUCUACUAGUUAUCCAGCUCAAGGAUCAGCCCAGCAAGGUUAUGGGGUGCCCGCUUCCCAACCAGGUUAUGGGGCUCAGCCACCUUCUGGAUAUGGCUCCAGCUAUGGCCCACCUCAAGCUCAGAAACCACCAGCCAAUCAACCGGCUUAUGGGCAGCCCCAACAGUCACCCAGCGCCCAAGGAGGUUAUGUGCAGCCUGGAUUCGUGCAGCCCCCACCAGCUCAAGCUGGAUAUGCUCAAGCAGAUUCUGGUGCACAGAGGGCUCCACCAUCCAGCUAUGGUACAGCUGCGGCUCAACCGGUGUAUGGUGCCCCACCCUAUGGUGCGGCACCAGUGAGUCAGCAAGGGUAUGGGCAGCAGCCACCAGCAUACAACAACUCUUAUGGUGGUGGUUAUUCUCAGCCUCCAUCUUAUUCCGCUGAUGGCAAUGCCCGUGGAGCCUAUGAUGCAGCAACUACUCCCCAGGUUGCUGCUGCUCAGCCUAGUGCAGUUGCCAAAGCUUCACCCCCUAGCUGAUGCAAGCAGGAGCUGGUCAAUGGCAACCUGUCUGCCGCUUGGAGCCAAGAUUAGAUCCACCAGUUGAAGAUCCAUGGAACUCACUGUUGUUUCAUGACACACUAUUCUGGUUAUAUAUAAAUAUAUAUCACUUUUGACUAAAAUUUGUGUGUUUGAUUCUAGUCUUGGUGAGCAAUUUAGAAGUUAGGAAUUUGAACUUGUUGCUGUUUAUGGGGUUUGUGGAAUUUGUUUGUCUUCUAGGGAGGCACUGUACUUGCAUUUGUUGCAUACUAUUACUAUGGCACUCAGUUGGACACGGGUUUUUUUUCGAAAAACAAUAGCAAAUCACCUUUUGCAUGGUGCCUAUAAAUAAAUGGCUACUUUUCACGAUUGAGGUGUUUGCUGCUUCUCCAGUGUUUCCUUAAAAUUUGAAGUAGCAAAAUUGCUCUUUCAACUCCGUCUAUUUUCUGCUAAAUGCAAUGAUGAAUAAGCUAACAUGUAAGAAGAUGCCAUUUUAUGUGGUAUUUUCCAUGAAAUCUUUUAUUACGCUUGGCUUCUGAGCAUUCAUUGCUUGUGGUUUGUAAUCUGGCUUCUUGAAUCAAAUCCUAUUUGUAGUUCUCAAUAGGGGUUUUUGUAAUAAGAGUUACUAAUGUGUGUGGCUCCAUAUAAGAGUCAACAGCAGGGGCUGGUCAAUGGCAACCUGUCUGCCGCUUGGAGCCAAGAUUAGAUCCACCAGUUGAAGAUCCAUGGAACUCACUGUUGUUUCAUGACACACUAUUCUGGUUAUAUAUAAAUAUAUAUCACUUUUGACUAAAAUUUGUGUGUUCGAUUCUAGUCUUGGUGAGCAAUUUAGAAGUUAGGAAUUUGAACUUGUUGCUGUUUAUGGGGUUUGUGGAAUUUGUUUGUCUUCUAGGGAGGCACUGUACUUGCAUUUGUUGCAUACUAUUACUAUGGCACUCAGUUGGACACGGGUUUUUUUCCGAAAAACAAUAGCAAAUCACCUUUUGCAUGGUGCCUAUAAAUAAAUGGCUACUUUUCACGAUUGAGGUGUUUGCUGCUUCUCCAGUGUUUCCUUAAAAUUUGAAGUAGCAAAAUUGCUCUUUCAACUCCGUCUAUUUUCUGCUAAAUGCAAUGAUGAAUAAGCUAACAUGUAAGAAGAUGCCAUUUUAUGUGGUAUUUUCCAUGAAAUCUUUUAUUACGCUUGGCUUCUGAGCAUUCAUUGCUUGUGGUUUGUAAUCUGGCUUCUUGAAUCAAAUCCUAUUUGUAGUUCUCAAUAGGGGUUUUUGUAAUAAGAGUUACUAAUGUGUGUGGCUCCAUAUAAGAGUCAACAGCAGGGGCUGGUCAAUGGCAACCUGUCUGCCGCUUGGAGCCAAGAUUAGAUCCACCAGUUGAAGAUCCAUGGAACUCACUGUUGUUUCAUGACACACUAUUCUGGUUAUAUAUAAAUAUAUAUCACUUUUGACUAAAAUUUGUGUGUUCGAUUCUAGUCUUGGUGAGCAAUUUAGAAGUUAGGAAUUUGAACUUGUUGCUGUUUAUGGGGUUUGUGGAAUUUGUUUGUCUUCUAGGGAGGCACUGUACUUGCAUUUGUUGCAUACUAUUACUAUGGCACUCAGUUGGACACGGGUUUUUUUUCGAAAAACAAUAGCAAAUCACCUUUUGCAUGGUGCCUAUAAAUAAAUGGCUACUUUUCACGAUUAAGGUGUUUGCUGCUUCUCCAGUGUUUCCUUAAAAUUUGAAGUAGCAAAAUUGCUCUUUCAACUCCGUCUAUUUUCUGCUAAAUGCAAUGAUGAAUAAGCUAACAUGUAAGAAGAUGCCAUUUUAUGUGGUAUUUUCCAUGAAAUCUUUUAUUACGCUUGGCUUCUGAGCAUUCAUUGCUUGUGGUUUGUAAUCUGGCUUCUUGAAUCAAAUCCUAUUUGUAGUUCUCAAUAGGGGUUUUUGUAAUAAGAGUUACUAAUGUGUGUGGCUCCAUAUAAGAGUCAACAGCAGGGGCUGGUCAAUGGCAACCUGUCUGCCGCUUGGAGCCAAGAUUAGAUCCACCAGUUGAAGAUCCAUGGAACUCACUGUUGUUUCAUGACACACUAUUCUGGUUAUAUAUAAAUAUAUAUCACUUUUGACUAAAA